AUGGUCAAGUCAAUCGGACACCCAAAAAGACGGGUCGGUCGCCCUAAGAGUAAGCCUAGUUGCUCAGCAUGCAAACAACGCCGACUCAAAUGCGACGAAACGCUGCCUACCUGCCAGCAUUGUCGGAGCAGCGGGUCUAUAUGUGAAGGGCUAGGGGGAAAGUCCUCAAUCGCUCCUCAAUCGCUCUCUUCCAGCAACACCUCACCAUCUGCGAUCACGAGAGCUAUAACAGCCACUCACGAGGACGACCGCCUACCUGCAGAGCUUGCGGCGAACCCGGCCAUCGACGCAUCAAGCCCGCAGGGAGGUGUCGAAGGCCAGCAGGAGCAGAACAUUCAGGUUCCAGGGCACUAUGCAGAGCUACCGGCCAACAGGUCUGAAGAAAUAGCACUAAAUGGUGCGUCGGCUGAGGGGUUAGAUAUACCCGCUCGCGUCUGCGCCGUCGCGAACCGAGAAGGUUUCGAAAAUACCCUUACUGGAAAGAGGACCGCCGAUAUAACCCCAGAGUCUAGGACUGCCUGCGCUAAACGAGCUCGAAAGGACAGGGAUAGGGAGGAAGGAGAUUUGGCGAUCGUGUCUAGGGCUCCUUCGGUCUCUUGUGAAACUUUAAGUGAAGAUUGCAAUAUCAUGCGGACUGCACCAAUAGCUUUGUCUAGGUGUAGCGAGCGAUCUCAAGUCAACGGAGGAAACCGACAGGCACGACCUAGGGAGGGUUCAACAUAUGCAGACAUGCAUCAUUUUGCCGCCGAACUCCCGAACGCAAGGGAAGGCGAAAAUCAUUAUCCCGAGUCACCAAGCCAGUCGAGGAACCAUCCAAAUGACUCUAAGCCCUUCUUACCGCCAACCAGUUUCGAACAUGCGCGGAGCACUUUGACAGCAAAACGAGACCAUCGCCCAUCAGAAUCACGGAGCCCUGGAACAAUCUCAACUACGCAGGGUGGCCAAUUACCCUCAAUAAGCGACCCGAAGUCUGUGGACCAUCCGAGGACCCAGGCACCAUCGUAUACACAACUGUCUAGUCAACGGAACGAGUGGGGACUAGAGAACUGCAACCAAGGUCAAUUACCUGCGAAUAGCACGAUUCCCGAAAAUCUUAUUUCUCAAAGGCAGGAUUUCAAUCUUCCGCCGCGAUCGAAUGGACAAAAUUCACCAGCAUCAUCAAGCACUUUUUGUAUUCAGACUACUUUGCCUCCGGCUACAGUAGGGUCGCUUGGUAAUAAACUCUCAAGGAAUUGCCAAGUCCUGACCCCGCCGUUUGGAGUGUAUCCCGUGGAUGUUAUUCUAUGGCAAGACUCGGCAGCUUUUCAUCGAUGGUAUUUAGCAGAGACAGGAAUCUCCAACGUCUCAACUCUCCUGUUCGAGCUACACGACGUUAUUGAGAACUGCGCGAAGACCUUCCGCCUCCCACUUAGCAAUUCGGGUUACUUUCAGAUGCUGAAACAGUGGAUCUGGGACAUUUUUUCGGCGGCAUCAGAGUUGAACGAUGCAGCCCAUUUCAGGAUCCUAAUAACGCCAACUGCGCGGCUUAUUGCGGCCAACCCCCAAUCAUGUGCCCCGAGGCCAGAUAGAUUACCAGAACUGUCUCCGGGCUUUUUAUCCCCAGCCCACGGCUUACCAGUGGACGUCCUGACACAAAUUCCCUGUCGACGCCAUCGACAGGAUGCUCCCGAGAUCACUGUUAGGCUUCAAAUAGAUAGAGCGGGAAAAGUUAGUAACCCAUAUAACAAACGGGUGUUAAGCCCUACAGGGACAGACUUCUUUCCUUGGUUUACAAGUCAGACUGGCCGUGGUGGUAGCAAAGGCCCGCUAUCAUUGAGAUUUACCUUCAAAGACGCUAUGCCAUGCCCAGCCACAAUCACAAUUGCACAAGUCGAUAAGAACUAUCUCAACUUGAUGAUAAGAGAGCUUCAAACCCAAUUCGAAAGGGCGAGGGAGUAUGUGCCGAACUUGAAAGAGUUUGCUGUUUUGGUGGCGGAUCCGGAGUGGGUUCUGGAAGAGGAUUGGUGA